GUUUGUGACGGUUCCGGGAACUGAGGUUAUGUAAAUAAAUGUUUGGUAAUCCAGUACAUCAACUGUAAUUCAGUUCUUAAUUUGUGUUCAGUUUUACUAAUAUAUAAUGUCAACUGUGUCGUGUUACCUUUUUAAAAAACGAGUAAAAUCUUUUAAUAAUCUGUUUAUGUAAAAAUAUGCAGAUAUAACAGUAAAAUUUUUAAUCGAACAAUUCAAUGUGACGAUUUCAAAAAAUGGAUGAUCAAGAAAAUAGUCCAGUAGAUAAUGACGACCUAAGUGAAUUUGAUAUUUAUUCAAAAACUCCUCCAAGAACAAAAAUUCUCAGGAAGAAUCGUGAAAGAAACUUAAGAGAUCGGCAUUCGAGUGAUUUGACAACAGUUGUGAAAGCCAAAGCAUGUAUUUCCCGGAGGAAUACAACAGGAACUUUCGAUGAAAUAUUCACUAGGCAGGAACAUUCCGACGAUGAAGCACCAAAACGAACGAAUAAACGUCACAUGAAGCUUCUUCGGGGUUCCGAAAGGGACCUAAAACUUGACAUAGCGCGAGCUCAAGCAGCCAAUGUAGAUUUUCAGUCUCAAGGAGAUUGUUGUUUGGAUUAUCCUAAGACACCCAGUUAUCAAAUAGAGGGAAAUCGGAGGUUUAUGAGCUUGGUAGCAAGAACAUUUCCAUGCAGUAAAAAGCAAAUACUAAAGAAAACAGUUGAAUUUCAAUUGACUGAUUUUGAUUUAGAAGAAUUCAGUCAAGAUCUUUGGAAUGCAGAGGGUUUUGAUAAGAAAGUUGAAUUUUUUCUCAUAAUGAGAUCUCUACUAAUGCUGGGAGAAAAAAAUGACGUUUCGGACAAUGCCAAACGAGCGAUGAGUAAGGAAGAAACAAUAUGGCAAAAUGAACUGAAAGAUUUGAUUUGGUUAGAAUUGCAAGCGUACCAUGCAGAUAAGACACCCUUGGAAGAAGAUGCUUAUUUAUGUCAAGCUAGAGAAACUGUAGAACCACUUUUGAAUGAUAUUCGAAACUAUAAAUUUCGAAGACAACCUAAAAAAUAUACAAGCCAAAGUAGUGACAGCGGUGUGGAAGAAGAAUGUAUAGGUUGUGGAUCUCUUUGGUGUGGAUCAUGUAUGGAAGCCCAAAAUGAUGCUCUGAAAGAUAUUGAAAAAUUAUUAAAGAGAUUAGAAGACGCUGAAAGAUUAUUUCCUUCAUCAAAUUCUUUUGCAGAAUUGUAUCCUUUAUACAGAUCUCCAGAAAUUGUUGGAAAAGUCAAUGUAAUGUGUCAGUGGUACAAUAUCACGAAACAGCAGAGACUGAAAUUAAAUAUUUUAGGAAGGUUGAUGGUUCUUCUAGAAUCCAAACAGUCAGAUUGGCCUUGCUUUGAUGUAGAAGAUGAUUCAGAAAAUCCAUCCGAUAGUAAUAACAGCACUUCUUCUACGGGAAGUGGCAAUAGCGAAUUUUUUUCUUCCUGGGAUCACUACAACAUUACCCCUUUCGCAUAUGUUCUUACUCACAAAGAUGCCAAGUUUUCUCCCUUCAGAAGAUACAUAGAAAAUAUUUUAAAAACAAAAGCUUUGGACAAGGGAUUGAACUUUUUAGAAAAAUUGCACAAUCGUAUUUUACAGAAAACUAAGAAGACACUGGAAUUGCCAAAAGACCAGAGCCUUUUUGAAAGAGUUACCAAUUUGAGUGAAGACGAAUUGUGUAGGUACGGCUGCUGGAGUCCCGAAUAUAAAGAAUUGGGUUUACCUUCUUAUCGUGGAAUGUACAUUUUUCUCGCGACGAUACCCUUGGAAGUUUUUAAUGAAUAUCUUUUAUUGAGAUUAGAGCAAAAACCAACAAAUCCUUCAGCUUUAAGUAUACGACAAUUGAUGAGAGAAUUAAAACUCGGACUAAAAAAGGCAUUACGGGAGAGAGAAUUGGCCUGUUCGUAUAUAGAUGCCGCCACAUCGGGUACUUUCCUAACAACUCACGAUUUUGAGAAAAAACUUUCAAAAUUUGAUGAUUGUGUUAAAAAAGUUUUCGACGAUUAUCUCGAUUACCUCCGUCGUUGGAUGUUAUCUCAAGAAAAUUUUCCAAAAUCACUACUUGAACAUACUCAUGCUUUUGCAAUGGAAAUUUGUGACAUUUAUCCCGAGUUAAUUCAAAAAGUUGGAAAAGUUUAUGCUUGUACUAUAGGAACAAUUUUAGGAAAUACUGCCGAGAGAUUAAUAAAAAGGAUACAAGCCUCAGUAGCUACUAAUUUAUUAAACGAUGUUCAAGGAGAUGUUAAGCAAAAAUUGUUUUCAGUCUGUAGGCAAUUACAAACAAUAUUUAUAGAAGAAAAAGAAACCAGCGUUAAAAGCAUAUCUUUUGUUAGAACACAUUUAAAAAAGGCGUACGUCCCUAAGGAAUGUAUAGACUAUAUAAAAGAUGGAAUAACGAAAUUCCAAUCGAUCAUUCCUAAUUGUAUAAAAAAACUGCAAACUUUAUUUGAUAUUGUUCAUGAAUCAAAUUUAGAAGACGGAGAUAAAAUUGCGUUAAAUAAUAGAAUAAGAGAAAUAAUGAUGAGGAUAUUCCAAUUUGGUUUCGAGUUCUUCAGAGAAGUGAACAGCUUAUCUAAGGGACAACAUCGCCCACGUUUUGUCGCAGAUAUGGGCGAGUUCGCUUACCUCUGGAUGUCUUUUGUUAUUGAUAGAUGUGAUAGAGGUCGAGGUAUUAGACCUCGAUGGGCACACCAAGGAAUGGAAUAUCUUUUAUCUGUUGUUCAACCUGUUAAUACCGCUAUGUUUUCGAACCAGGAAUUUGAAGACUUGAAAACGAUGAUAGAUAAGUGCAUAUCGCAUCUUGUUGGUACAACAGCUCCCUUGACACCUGACAGUGGAAUACAUUCGAUAUCUCCGAGGAGUAGUUUAGAACAAAUGAGAGGUAGAUCUAGAGGUUCAUCUCCUAGUCCUAGACCUACUUAUAAAAGUCAACGAUCUGGUCAAGGAUCUGGGUCUGGAUCAGGACCUGCUUCUAGAAAAGUUAGUGCUGAACAAUCGCCGAUAGCUGAUGUCACUGAAAGUAUUUGUAAUUUAAGCUUAACGCAGGACAAACCUGGAUGUAGUAUUAAGGUGGAUAUUGACGUCAAAGGCCACUCAGAAAAAUUCCACGCAGCUGUUUUAAAACUUGAAACGCAGCUUGAUAAAAAGUUAACUGAACAGAAUCUCAUUGGCAAAAUCGUCGAAGAAAAAACAACAAAUAAAAAUUCUGUUAUGAGGAGAUUAGUUAAUUUCUCUUGGCAGAGAGGUAUAAAGAUCGGUCAGGGUCGGUUUGGUAAAGUCUAUACAGCAGUUAACAAUAACACUGGUGAAAUGAUGGCAGUUAAAGAAAUCGCUUUACAAUAUAACGAUAUUGGUACACUAAAGAAAAUUGCCGAAGAAAUGAAGAUUUUAGAGGGAAUUUCACAUAAAAAUUUGAUCAAAUCCUAUGGUGUUGAAGUUCAUAAGGAUGAAAUGCUAAUAUUUAUGGAGUAUUGUUCGGAAGGAACGUUAGAAAGUCUGGUAGCUGACACAGAAAAGGGUCUGUCAGAAUUGUUAGCAAGGAGAUACACGUUCCAGUUGGUGUCGGGUGUGGCUUGCCUACACGACCAUGGGAUAGUUCAUAGGGAUAUCAAAACUGCCAACAUUUUUUUAACAGAUGGAGGAAAUCGAUUGAAAAUUGGAGAUUUCGGUUGUGCCAUCAAAAUUAAAUCGAAUGUUACAACACCAGGAGAAUUGAAAGGUUUUGUUGGAACUCAAGCAUAUAUGGCACCAGAAGUAUUUACAAAAAAUAUGUCUGAAGGAUAUGGACGAGCUGCUGAUGUUUGGUCAAUAGGAUGUGUGGUUAUAGAAAUGGUAUCUGGUUUGCGCCCAUGGGCUCAGUUCGACUCCAACGUCCAAAUAAUGUUCAAAGUAGGAAUGGGUCAAAGUCCUGAUCCACCUGACGACAUGAUAGACGAAGGUCUGGAGUUCCUUGAAAUGUGCUUCAAACACGAUCCCAAAGAACGAGCUACUACUAGAGAAUUAUUACGUCACGAUUAUAUUUCGGUUUUACCGGAUGAUUAAGUAUUAUCUGAAUAAUAUCGAAAUUCUAUGAAUUUUGAUUUCAGAUUUAAUAGAAAUCAACUCAUUGGAUGAGUUGAUUUUGAUCUAUUGGCAAUGUUAUAUAAAAUCAGGCAGCUGCGGUGUCACUUAUGCAGCAACAAAAAUUAACAUUAUUUGGAAAUUCUAGUCAAUGUGUUUUUUUUUUUAAAUAAUUAUUGACUAUUAUGAAGAAUACAAACUAGACCUUUUAUUUUUUCUAUUCAUUAUUAAUUUUUAAUAUUUCCUAAUUAUAAACUUUUCAUUAUGGAGAAUUAUUAGAAAAUUGAUAAGAAAAUAAAAUUUCAGACAUUCCUCGUAGCCUUAGAAACAUAUUUAUAUACAGGUAAAUGAAAAACACUUAUUGUAAACCUGCUAACUCAUUUCAAGGUGUUUUCACAGGAAAGAGAAAAACUAAAAUUUUUCUUCGUUACUUAUAAUAAAGAAUGAAAAAGUAGCGAAAUUAUAAAUACAAACCUACAAAUUAAAGCUAUCAUUUUAUAGUAGGAUGCUAACAUACCACUUUGAGUCGAAUUUGUGUUGUGAUGCUAGCAUCUCGGACUGCUACUUUAUUUUAAUUUUUUGCCAGUCGUCAAUAUGGCCCCAACGAAUGAAGAGAUGUUGUUGCUGAUGUUACUAAUUAAGAAAAAAGGCGUCGUGCAAAAAGGAAGAUUAGUAUGGACCCCUUUUUAGCUAUCCGUCGUGUUAAAAGCCUGUAUUUUACAUUGUUUGAUGAACUGUGCAAUAGUGAAACAAGAUUUUUUAAUUACCUUAGAAUGUCACUUCCUUCUUUCAAAGAGCUUCUAGGCUACAUCCAAAGCGAUAUCUCUAAACAAGAUACAAGAUUCCUCAGACCAAUUUCACCCGAAGAGAAACUAGUCAUAACUCUGAUCAAACUGCGCGCGCGCAUAUGUCAAAUAGAGCGGCUUCUCGGAUGCUAGCAGCCUAGUAUAAUGCGCCGCAUUUGAACCAAUGCCCCACAACCGAUUUUGUGCCGGGAUGCAUAAAAUCGAGCCUCCGGGUGGCUGUUUUAGCAUCCGAUGCUGGCAUCCCUAGUCUAAUCGCUCCCAUUUGAUUUAAUGCCCCGCUAACCUUCGAGAUGUCAGCAUCCCGGAUGCUAGCAUCCUAGUAUAAUGGUAGCCUAAGGAAUACAAAUGAUACUACUGUUUUAUGAGCGAUUUUGUAACUUAGUUUUUUUGACGUAUAUUGUGCCUACCAAUGGUCUCGGACUAAAAGGAGAGUAAAGAUUCAAAUAAACGAACAUAAAAAAGAA